GUACGAGACUCCGAGAUGGUCCAACACAAUCUAGUGUAAGCAUUUUGAAUGAUUCGAUGGAGUAAUUGAAAUGCAUCACCAAACCUAAGGGGCCUACAAAUCUUUUUUUCAAAUCUGGAGGGAAAAUCUGUACUUACAGUAAACCUUGAGGCCUAUCGGUGAUAUUUACGGACAAUUUGUUUUCCGGGUGAGCAAACAAUGGGCCGCCGGUAAAGUGCACGAGAAGCCCGCCAUAUUUGGUUCCUCAUUAAGCUUCAAAAGGGGAGCGAAAUUCACAGCCCAAUCCAAAGAGCCAUACCUCUCCGGUCUCCACGGCGCAACAGAGAUGGAGAUUGCGAGCCAAUUUCCCGACGGUUCGAGCCCUCUCGCCACCGUCGAACAGAUCCGAAACCGCCUCGUUCGCCCUCCCUCUCUUCACUCUCAGUCAUCAACCUCGUCAACCAGACCUCGGGAGGAUGCCGCGAGUUGCUACUCGUCGCGCUUUGAUGCGAAUUCGACCACGUUACGGAGGAAAAGAGAAGAUCAAGGGAGAAACGUUGCGAACAAGAGGCUUGAAGACUACUUGGAUCCGACAAUACUAGCUGCGAUUCGAGCGGAAAUCGGUGGGAAGUAUCGGAAGGGAGGAGGAGAGAGGAAACUGAUCAAGGAGGAGGUGGAAUUUGAGUGGCCGGUUGACGAAUUGAAGGCGUGGACGGAGGAUUUGAGGAGCGAGAGAGGAGUCGUCGUGAAGCGGAGGAGCGACGGAGAAGCUGUUGAUCUCGGAGAUGAUGUUGAUGUGAUUAGAGGCGGUGGAGACGACGACGACGACGUCGGCGGAAUGUGUUGUAGUCCGUUUCAGCGGUUUGAGAGGACGGCGUUGAAGCGGUUUAAUGGGUGAAGGAUAAGCAGGGGAGGGUGAAGGAUAAGCGUGGUUUUUUCGUCGUUGUGAAGCAUGAAUAUUUUCGCGGGGAGAGCAACUGUUUCUGUUUGAUUCACACGCACUGCUGUUGUUCUGGGGCGUGUUUGGAAGAUGAGA